GCUAGGCGUAUAUUUCGUCUGUAAAAUACAUACGUACAUUCUUCUUAGUAUGUACCUGCUAAUGGGGCGGCGACUGACUAUCUUUUGAAUACGAAGAGAUUGGCUUCCUCGGUUCCCGAACUACCUACUUAGCAAUAUUGAGCCUACAAAGUCGGUCUUACGCAACACAACAUUAAACCAUUCAAAUCUCAUCGGUGAAUGAGCCUAUCUGAUACUCUCAAUCUUUACCUCGGCACCAAUUACUAUAUUCAUAUCAUAAUAGACGGCCACCACAUAUAUAUACCUCGCCUAGUCUGAUGUAAUACAUGAUGGUCCGGGAAUCCGAGUUAGAUUUCAAGUCCAUGCCGAAGAUCGAGCUUCACGCCCAUCUAACCGGAAGUAUCAGCCGACAAUGUUUGCAUGAAAUAUGGCAAGGGAAAAAGGCCAUAGGGGCAACAGACCUCGAGGAUCCGCUUCUUAUAAUGCCUCCAGGUCGACAUGAUUACGAUCUAAAAACCUUCUUCCCGCUCUUCUCGUCGUACAUCUACAACCUCGUCAAUGAUGCCGCGUCCGUCGAGCACUCCACCAAAUCCGUGUUCCGGGACUUCGCGCAGGACGGCGUGGUGUACCUCGAGCUGCGAACGACGCCCCGGGCGAUGCCCUCCGCGGGCCUGGACAAGGCAGGGUACGUGCGGACCGUCCUCCGCGCCCUCGAUGCCGCGGCGCGGGAAACACCCACUCUGCACGCCCGCCUAAUCCUGUCCAUCGACCGGCGCAACACCCUCGCCGAAGCCCUCGAGGUCGUCAGUCUAGCGACCGCGUUCCGCGACCAAGGCGUCGUGGCCAUCGACCUGUGCGGCGACCCGAUGAAAGGCGACGUCUCGCUGUUCACCCCCGCGGUCGAGAAGGCCCGUGCCGCGGGGCUCAAGGUCACGAUCCACUUCGCCGAGGCCGAGGCCAGCGCCAGCGAAGCAGAGCUCGCUACCAUCAUGGCUUGGAUGCCGCAUCGUUUGGGCCACGUGAUACACGUCCCCGAUGCGGUUAAGCGGCAGAUCUCGGCGCGGACGGGUAUUGGGCUGGAGUUGUGCUUGAGUUGCAAUGUUCACGCCAAGAUGAUCGUGGGUAGCUUCGAGGCGCAUCACUUUGGGGAGUGGUGGCGCGUGGAGGGACCGGUUGUCGUGCCCUGUACGGACGACGUGGGCGUCUUCGAGAGUCCGCUGUCAAAUGAGUGGAUGCUCAUCCAGAAGCAUUUCCAGCUACGGCGAGAGGAAGUGUUGACCCUAGCACGGAAGGGGAUCGAUGUCAUAUUCGGAGGAGACGAUGAAAAGGAGAGGUUGAGGAGUAUAUUGUGGCAAGAACGCGCUAGUUAGGUACUGCUGCUCUAUCUUUUAGGUAUAUCCUUUCUUAUCCCAUAUAUAUGCUCUUGUCUUCUUCUAUGAUUAUUUUGAUGCCUAUGCCUUUGGCUAAUGUUGUUCACCUUAUUCGUGAAACUUGCAAAACUCAGCCUUUAUACAAAGUAGGACCUCUUAUCUA